AUCGCACUAUGACCACACCUCAACCUAUCCACGACGUCGUCCAAGAGUACUAUGGUAAACUACUUCGAUCUAACAAAGACCUUAAAACCACAGGUAUGUAUGACAGAAUCUUUUUUCAGCUUCAGCCACUCACAUGUCUCUAGCUACCAGCUACUGUCGGCGCGCUCCAAACUCUAUCCGCUUGGUAUUCAGGGAAAGCGCGUGCUGGACUUGGGGUGUGGAAGUGGGCGUGAUUGCUAUAUUGCAGCUGCACUGGUUGGGACAAGUGGUCAAGUAACUGGCAUCGAUAUGACGGACGAUCAGCUGAAAGUAGCAUGCGAGAAUCUCCCUGUGUAUGCCCAAGCAAUUGGAUACACACCGAAUGUGCGGUUUGUCACGGGUUACAUUGAAGCCCUUGCAGCUGCCGGAAUCGAAAAAAACUCAAUAGACAUAUGCAUAUCAAAUUGUGUGAUCAAUCUGUCGCCAGAUAAAAAGAUGGUCCUGGAAGGAGUGUACGAAGCGCUAGUGGCAGGCGGGGAAUUACAUUUUGCGGAUGUGUACGCAAGCGCUCGUCUUCCAGAGUCGGUCCGCACCCACCAAGUGCUGUUUGGCGAGUGUAUUGGCGGUGCGCUGUCCACUGAGGAUUUCUUGAAUAUAACCAAACGCAUUGGAUUUACUCUUCCGCUAAAGCUACAAAGCUCGGCGGUCGAUAUCAAUGACCCGGAGCUACUGUCUCUGGUAGGCCAAACCACCUUUCAGUCCAUCACGUAUCGACUGUUCAAGCUGCCCUCGAUAACCAAGUCUCCUAUUAAUGAUCGCCAGCGCACUGCCACAUACAAUGGAGGCAUCGUAGGAUGUGAAUCCGAUUAUACGCUUGAUCAGGUAGGAAAGCGACUUGUGUUUCAUGUGAAAGGGUAUUUACUUGAGAGCAUUAGAUUACUAAUGCUCUGACAGGAUCACGUCUUUAAUAUCAAUCAGUCCAUCAAUGUCGACAGCCAUAUUGCUGGUAUCCUUUGCGGCUCAUGGCUAAAGGAGUAUUUUAUGGUAUCAGAGCUAAGCUGAGUGAGGGCAGCCGUUUAGUGACGGCCGAGGUGUACAAAAUUUGACCAUUCAAGAAAUAAAAGGUGUUUUUGACCUUGGGGAAAC